GGCGACGCCGUACAGACCGCAUAUCUAAGAGUAUGAUGCUGAAGCUAGUGUUGCGCGCACAGCGCGGCAUGCGCGCAUUCGCAGGGAUCGGCGCCACCCGCAAGCUCAUGCUUGCAGCUGAAGCAAGUGCACCCUCUUCUGUCGCUGAAGCGUCGUCUAUCUUUGCUAAAGUGGGUCGUGACAUUCCUCUCAAAGUUGUGCCCCGAGCGGAGCGACGAGCGGCUCGCAAGGCCGCCAAGCACUCCGCCGACGCUGCCACCGGCCACAAGGUCGUGCGUACGUCGUCGCUUCCUGCCCGUAUCUCAUUUGCGCUUCUCGCUGGCAGUAUCUCGGGCUCCAUCGUAUGGAACUUCGUGCUGGACGACGGCAUCAAGAGCCGCGUCAAGGAGACGCUCGGCGCGACAUUCCUGGGCGAUAUCUACGCGAUCAUUGCUAAAAAGGUGGAAGAGACCGUCAAGCCAUUCACAGAUCCGUCCAGACAGAAGCUGCUGCCCGAUUGGCCCAUCCCACAAGUGCCUGCGGACACGCCGCCCGUCCCCGUGUUGGUGCUCGACCUCGAAGAUACACUCGUGCACUCCGAGUGGAGCAGGAAGCACGGCUGGCGUCACGCCAAGCGUCCCGGCGUGGACGAGUUCCUGGAGACCCUGUGCCAAUACUACGAGAUAGUGAUCUUCUCGCAGAACUACGGCGCCGAGGAGAUCGUGCAGAAACUGGAUCCGAAGCAGUGCGCGCUGCACAUUCUGUCCCGUGAUGCCACGCGGUACCUGAACGGCGCCCACGUCAAGGACCUGUCGAACCUGAACCGCGACUUGAGACAGGUGGUGAUUCUGGACGACGACCCGGCCGCGUACCAGCUUCAGCCCGAAAAUGCCAUUCCAGUUACGCCCUUUACGAAUGGACGGGAUCGCGACGACCACGAGCUUAAGGAUCUGAUUCCGUUCCUAAAGGCGUUGGCUUCGGAACGGGUUCCGGACUUCCGUCAGGUGAUUGGUGAAUUCCGUGACGAGGACGGAGUCGUCCGUGACCUCGCCACCAAAUACGGCGCCCGUGUGCACCAGCUUGAGAUGCAGAAGGAGCAGAAGAAGAAAAAGGGCUUCGGUGGCUUCGUUCGAGGUCGGCUGUCACACCACCCUGCCUCACCGACUGGAGGUGUAGCUGCUAGCGGCUUCUCUAGUGGGCCGCACGUUUAA